AUGACAGACGUCGCCAAAGACUCCCCGCGGGGCACGGCUUCGACUAUCAACAGGAAACCCCAUACCAAAUCCCGUACCGGCUGUUAUAGCUGUAAAGCUCGGAGGGUAAAGUCACUGCUGCCUCCUCCACCUUCUAUCAAACCGGCUUCCGCGCCUCCGCAGUUUCCCCCUUUCUUCACAAUCGACGAUAUGCGUUUCUUCCACCACUACAUGGUUUCGGCCUAUCCGUACUUGCCACAGGGCUCUGAUGCCAUGUGGAUUACUGAAAUUCCUCUCCUCGCCCACCAGCACGAAUUCCUUAUGCACGCCAUCCUCUCCCUAGGCGCAUCGCACCUCUCGCUCUUGGCCGCCGACGUUUUAGGCCCCGAGGAAAUGCGCGGCUACGCGGCCAUGCUAUCCCACCGUGGCCUGGCCCUCCGUGGUCUCCAGCAAUCAAUGGAUAAUCAAGCUCUAGCCGACCCCAGCACCGACCUCACUACCUCGCCCGCCACCCCGAACAUCCCAGAACUCAACGCUAUGCUUGCAACCUGCUACGCUCUGACCAUACAGUCAGGCCACCUGUGCGACGGCUUCACCGAUUUCCUCGUUCUAAUCCGCGGCUGCGGACGGCUGACAGGCCACAUCGCAGCCGUGGGCGGGCUGGACCCCUUCUCCCUCCACUUGAUCAUGGAGACCCGCUCUGACCUACGCUCGCCCUUGCCCCAUCUCGUUGGCGGCAUUGAUGAACGCGAGUGUUCGGACGACGACAACGACGAAGCCGCCGACAUGGGCGUCGACAUGGGCGCUGUCAAGCGCGACGCGGAUGUGCUCAGGUCAUUGAUCCCGCUCCUCCACCACGAAUCCCACCGGAGCUACCACGCCACCCUCCUCGACGCGGCCGAGGGCCUGCAGAGACGCGCGUGGAUCGACGCCUGCAAUGCCUUCCAGAAGGCGUAUACGGUCCUGUGCAGCAUUGACGACGCGAGCUUCCAGAACCAUAUCAUUUCGCCCACGGGCCCCGGGGUGAUGGCGGAGAUGGAGAAGAAUGCGAUGUUCUUGGUUAUGUUUAUCCACUUCACAGCGCUGCAGGUGGUCAUGUACCCGAUCCUUUGGCGCAUGAUGCCCGAGCGUGCACGCUUGCCGCAGCUGCUGAUGCCACAGACUCGCUGGCUGAUUGAAAUCAGCGGGCGGAUACCGCCGGAACUCCGCGGGUAUUUGGCGGUGCCACUGGACAUUGUGGUGAAGGUCGGAGAACGCUACGGGGUGUUCAAUUCCGUGCUUGGGCAGCGGGUGAAGGAAGGGUUAAUUACAAGAACGCAGGAACUGGGGUAG